AUGUUUAAGAAAAUUAUUUAAGGCUUUUCAAAAUAUUCCCACAGGUCAACCAUUCCAAGUUUACUUAAAGAUCCUAGAUAUACCAGACGUGGUAUAUCAAAACCAAAAGGAGAAACCAGAAUGCUAAGAAAACCUUCAAUACCUGAUAAUAUUCCAAAUGCUCAUCUUUAUUAUGAUCAUACCAAAUUUAUUGAGAAUUAAAAAAACAACCCUCCUACAUUAAAAUAUGAAUCUACAGAUUUAGAAUUCAAUUUGAGUAUACUUAAUAAUGACACAUAUGUUCACACUUAAGAUUUUAAACUUUGGAAGGCUAUGAAGUAAUUGAAUAUUCAUCAUCCAACUGAAGUCAAGAAGAAUUGGGAAUUAUUUGAUAGAGCUUAUAGAGUAAUAUUAGACAACGCAAGAUAUUUGGAUAUUUACAAUUUCAGAUCAUUCACCCAAGUUUCAUAGCAAUAUUAUUUUGAUGAUGAAAAAGUAUGGACAACAUUAUACAGAAUUUCAAUUCAAUUUUUUGUUGGUUGGGAACACUAGCAAACUCCAUUAUUGAGUAAAUUAAUUGAAAAAACUCAUUAACAAUCAUUUUUAUUCAGCUUCAAUAUAAUAAUGUAAUAGGCCAGACGAUUCAAAGUUGAUGUAUCUAAUGUUAUAAUUCAUUUUGAUUAUUUGAUGAGAAACCAUUUAAGAUUUUCUAAAAUUCAUAGUCAAGAAGCUUAUAAUAAAGUGGAGAAUGUUGAGGACAAGAAUCAAUUAGGUAAUUUCUUGUCUCAUUUUGCUUUCUGCAUUCAACAAAGAAAGGACAUAUUUAAUGAUGUGGAUAAAGAAGUCAAGGAGAAAUAGGUGGAGGAAUUCUUGCAUAAAGGAUAGAAGCUUUGUUUAGAGUCAUUUGACAAGCUCACUGCAGGGACAAAGAAAAACCUAUUAAAUUCUAUCACUCAUGCCAGAUAUUAAUAUAAACCCUUGUUUGAGAAGUUAAAAUGA